AUGGGUUGUCGGGCUCUUAUGAUUGUGUGCCUUCUGUGGUUGCAGUAUGCUUAUGCUAACGUUGAGAAAGUCAUCUUCGUCGCCCCCGCUGCUGAACCUCUCCCGACUGACGCCAGCAUUGACAACCUGCUCUUGACUCCUCUUUCUGAACAAUUCCCCAUUGCGCGAACUCACAUCAACGCCAGCUUUCCAGACAAGGAGUCGCCCAAAGGGACUGAAACUUGGCUUCUCCUCGAGGGACUACACCCUAAGAGGCGGUAUGAAGUCAGAAUCUGUUGGAUGGCCACCCAACCAACUUCCUUCUGGCUUUACACCCAUACAAUCGAUCAUGCGUUUUCAAAGCCGGGCCUCCUGACCUCGCUGAGCACCUAUGCCUACUCUCGACAUGAACGACUGGGUUCAGAAGACAUUCAACAACUGCAGCUACGGAAGACCAAGCCAGGCCCAGGGGAGCCGGAGUCAACCUUUCUCUUCUUGCAGGUCUAUGCAGCUGCAGACUAUUUCACUCUGAAUCAGACCUUGAUGGAGAAUGUACCCCCGGUUGCCGUGGAUAUCAUAUUGGACCCUUACUUGCUCAACGUUUUUCCAAGGUCACUGCUUCCAACCGGGCUGUAUCUUCUCCUCAUUGCAUGUGGGGCGUGGUUCAUUUCUGGCCAAGUUGCACGUCUGUUCACGAUUCAAAAUAUCGCUGAAAACGACGCGGAGAAAAAGUCAAAGUAG